GUUGCCGCCGCUGCUUCUGAAGCAGGAGGAGGAGGAGGACGAGGGGGCACCGCAGGAAGCGUCUGGGGUGGGCGGUGGACAUUAUUGAAAGACUAUGAUGUUCAAGAAGCAAACGACUUCCUGAAUCAGUGUGUCUGGGGGCCACGAUAGAUGCCGGUGGUGUUUGACCAGGAAUAUAUACAGCAGAGCGAGCAAGAAUGAUGCUUCCUGUCGUAGCUGAUGUCUAAAGUUCGCCUUGAUGAAUGCAGCGUUUGGAACCAUCCCUAUCAUACUCAGGCACCCGUCUGUCUACGGCCUUUCCCGGAUCACAAACAGCCUGUUCCUCAGUAAUGGAGAGGCCGCCAACAACAAACUCUUCCUCUACGCCAACCAGAUCACCACAGUUAUCAACGUUUCAGUGGAGGUGGUCAACACUUACUUCCCAGACAUUUACUACAUCCACGUCCCCAUAACAGACUGCCCCUCGUCCCGCCUUUUGGACUUCUUCGACCCCGUAGCCGAUAAGAUCCGCGCCGUGGAAUCAAACCAAGGCCGGACGCUAGUGCACUGCGCUGCGGGCGUCAGCCGAUCCGCCGCCCUGUGCAUCGCCUACCUGAUGAAGUACCACUCGAUGUCUCUGGCAAACGCCCACGCCUGGGUCAAGUGCUGCCGGCCCAUCGUCCGGCCCAACAAUGGCUUUUGGCAGCAGCUCAUCCAGUACGAGCAGAAACUCUUUGGGAAAACCAGCGUCAAGAUGGUCCAGUCCCCGCUGGGGGUGAUUCCUGACCUCUACGAAAACGAAGUCAGGGUCAUGAUAGCCUUGUGACAAUUACAGAACUCGCGCCCUCCGGGAGAAGGGGGCUCAGCGGAGCUUAACGAACCCCGACGCUAUCUUUACUAAGUGUGAAAUUUUGCCCAACUCUGUCCAGUGCAGAACCCUAUUGCCUGAUGAAGAAGAAGGGGGUGGGAUUGUCAAUAAGGGGAUGCUCUGUGUGUAUGCGUGUGCCUUUUUCUUUUCUAUACAUAAA